CUAUUUUGCCUAAAUCUAGGCCUAAAGAGCGGCCCUUGUACAGAUUGUCAAGUAUUCAAUUUCCGAUUACAUUAAUAAAUCGAUAAUUAAAUUAAGAAAAUCUGUCGGUAAAUAUUAUAAUAAUUUCGUAGCAAACUACUAGCUAUAUUGUCAAUCCUAUAAUUUUAGCAAGAUAUAGUAAUAAUUAGAGCGAUAAAACAGUUUAUUUCAUAUAAACAGAAAUGUCUGAAGCACUACUUGUUUUAACUAGACCACUUCACGUUCUACGAUAUAACACAAGGGAAAUAUUAAAAACUGCAGCGCAAUAUGCAAGUAGGGCUGUUUACAUUCACGUGACGAAUGAUGAACUUCACUCUCCUGUCCCACAAAAUGACUCCCUGCGAAGAUUUUUAGUCUCGAUAUAUGGCGAAAGCUCUAAAUAUAAAUUGGAUGUUCGCUUCCUAUUACAUAAUGUAGGAAUUUCGCCACCCCAAUCAAUUACCCUUGGCUAUGGGCAGUACGAAACACUUUUGACAGAUUCUAACGAAUCACAAACCGUCGCAAAGUAUGCCAAAGAGCACAUUCUACAAGCAGCGUCGGCUUUAAAUGUCAUCAAAUUAGAACUUAAUACCCAAGUUGAACCAGAAAAAGAGGAAGUCUUUAAAACGUACGAUAAUGUUUGCUUAGGCGGAACUUUCGAUAGACUUCACGCUGGACAUAAAAUUCUAUUAAGUUAUGGUGCUAUGCAAGCGAAAAAGGGUAUUAUAGUCGGUGUAUCGGACGAGUGCUUAACAAAGAAGAAAGUCCUGAAGGAAUUAAUUGUGCCAAUGGAGCGGCGCAUGGCUGAUGUUAACGAAUUCUUAAAGGAUGUUCGUCCAUCUAUUAAAAGAGAUUUAAGACAAUUGUCGGAUCCUUUUGGCCCUGCCAUUACAGAAAGUGAUUUGGAUGCGAUAGUUGUUAGUGAUGAAACAAAGACGGGAGGAGAUGCUAUUAACCAAAAGAGACGUGAGAAGAAUUUAUCCAUUUUAGACAUAUCAAUUGUAGACUUAGUUAAAGACGAGAUACGGGAAGAGGAAAAUGAAGAAGAGAAAAUUAGCUCUUCAUCUUGUCGAAGGAGGCUGUUAGGGACUCUUUUAAAGCCUCCUGUCAAAUCAGAAGGGAAGCCUUACGUUAUUGGUCUGACAGGUAGUAUGGCGUCUGGUAAGUCUUCUGUUUGUAAAAGGUUGAAAGGUCUUGGAGCUCAUAUUGUUGAUUGCGACAAGCUUGGGCAUAAAGCCUACUUACCAGGGACUGAGACUAUCGAGCUCAUAAGAAAACGCUUUGGUGACGACGUAAUCGCCAAAGACGGCACUGUAGAUAGAAAGCAACUGGGGGCUAAAGUUUUUGCCGAUAAGCAAUCGCUCGAGGACUUGAAUAAGAUUGUCUGGCCUGCUAUUCAGAAACUUGCACAGGAAGAAAUUAAAACUUCAGACAAAGAUAUUGUAGUUCUAGAUGCAGCUGUUCUUUUGGAAGCGAAUUGGCAUGAAAACACUCACGAAGUUUGGGUUGUCAUCAUACCGCAAGAAGAAGCAGUCAAGAGGAUAGUAGACAGAAAUAAAAUUACCGAAGAACAAGCAAUUAUGCGUCUGGAAAAGCAAAUGAGUAACGCUAAGAGAAUAGAGCAUGCAAAUGUUGUCCUCAGUACACUAUGGGAACCCAGUGUGACUCAAAGGCAAGUAGAGAAAGCCUGGAGUCUUUUACAACAACGAUAUAAUAAGUAA